AUGCCGUUGACCAAAUCUUUAAGCAAAAUUCAAAAGAAUCAAAAGGGAAAAACUGUUGCCCUACAUCCCAAAGGUCGCAAGUUCCAAAAGCUGGCCACUGCAACAAUGCGUGAAGAGAAGAUUGCUGCCAAAAAAAAGGCACAUAACGAACGCAAGUCUCACGAACUUGCUCGAGUCAAAUUUAUUCAAGAUGUCAUUAACUCAGAUUCUUUCAAGGACCAGACGACUUUCAGCCUUGAAGAAACGAUGAUCUUUGCAAGAGAAUAUAUAUGCCGUGACGACGCGGAGUUAGAUGAACUUAAGCAAAAGAGAAGGUCCAAUCGCCCACCUUCGAAUAGGCAAAUCAUACUGCAACAAAAAAGAGAUUUCGAAAUGAAGGAGCUUGAGUCCGGAUUUCUAGUUCCCGAUCUCUGCGAUGCAAAAAAUGUGGAGUUUCUAAGAAAAUGGAAUCAAAGUUUUGGGUCCAUGAGCACGAUGAAACAGAUUCGAGUCAACAUCGAUGGCGAGAGAGUGAUUGGUGGUAACGCCAGCACCGGGCCUUCCGGCGCUGAUAUUGAUAUGAAAUAG